AAAAAAUUAAAAUAAAAAGUAAUCAUAUUAAUUAUAACGAUAAUGAAAGGAUAAAUGGAAAACUACCAUAUAUGUAUAUAAACAAUAAGUAACUUAAUACAAGUUUCUCUAAAUAAUUAUGUUUGUUUUGUUUUGCCUUUAAAUUGAUUUGCCCUUACGGUACGACAACCUCUACGUCAUCUACCACGUGGUCUUCUUUCACGUGGUCAAACCCGGAAGUACGCUGCACAGAGUCUGCUCCAUAUGUCAACAUUGUCCUUAAAAGUUGUAGCUGAAGCGGACUUAACGUGUCUUUUGUGAUAAUACAUACGUUAUAGUUUUUGUAGCCGCGGCCGGUUCCCCUCUGUGUUCGCCAGCAGCGAUGUCUCAGGAGGUUUGCCGUUUGAAAGCACAGCUCGAGGAGCAAGAGAAGGAGAUCGCUGCCCUGAAGAAUAAACUGUCUCAACGGGAAAAGAGCCGUACCUCAGCGCCGGAGCUGCGUGACAAAGUGACACCCCUAACCCCGCUGAAAGGCAAACCAUCCCUCAGCAAUGAGGACAUCAUGCGCUACAGCAGACAGCUCCUUCUGCCCGAGCUGGGUGUAAAAGGUCAGCUCAACUUAUCCAAGACAUCAGUGCUGAUCGUUGGCUGUGGAGGACUCGGCUGCCCACUGGCACUGUACCUCGCAGCAGCAGGCAUCGGGCGUCUCGGUCUGCUGGAUUACGACGAGGUGGAGCUCAGUAACCUUCAUAGACAGGUGCUGCAUGGGGAGGAGAACCAGGGCCAGGCCAAGGCUUUGUCCGCUGCUAAUGCUGUUGGAAGGUUGAACUCCACCGUCGAGUGUAUCCCCUACCACCUGCAGCUAUCGCCUGAGAACGCCUUGCAACUCAUUCAACAAUAUGACAUAGUGGCCGAUUGUUCAGACAACGUCCCCACUCGAUAUCUGGUGAACGACGCCUGUGUCCUCAGCGGCAGGCCUCUGGUGUCAGCAGGUGCCCUGAGAAUGGAGGGACAGUUGACAGUAUACAACUACCGUGGAGGCCCUUGCUACCGAUGUCUGUACCCAGUACCCCCGCCCCCAGAGACCGUGACCAACUGUUCUGACGGAGGGGUUUUAGGAGUGGUUCCAGGGAUAAUGGGCUGCCUGCAAGCUUUGGAAGUCGUCAAGAUCGCCUCUGGACAAGGCUCUUGCUGUGGCCAGCAGCUUCUCAUGUUUGACGCUCAAGACGCCAGAUUCAGGUCCAUCAAGCUGCGGCCCAAGCAGGCCGACUGUGCAGUGUGUGGAAAAACCCCCAGCGUGACCAAGCUGGUGGACUACGAGAGCUUCUGUGGGUCCGCUGCCACAGAUAAGUGCCGCAAACUCAACCUCCUCUCCGGGGAUCAGAGGAUCACAGUGCAGGAUUAUCAAGCCAUAUUGGACAAAGCUGAGCCCCAUCUUUUGUUGGACGUGCGCCCUCUUGUGGAGGUGGAUAUAUGCCAAUUACCCUUCUCUCUCAACAUCCCACUCUCGAGUUUAGAGGAGAGGAAGAGUGAACACGUACAGUUAUUUCAGGAGAGACUCGGCCAGUUGAAGCAGCAGCUGGCAGGUGACCGCCGGCCUCCAGUGUACGUGAUCUGUAAGCUGGGUAACGACUCUCAGAAGGCGGUGCAGGUCCUUGAGCAGAUGAGCGGAUCAGAAGUGGACACUAUCACAGUGAAAGACGUCCGAGGGGGACUGACAGCCUGGGCAAAAAGAGUAGACCCCACAUUUCCACAGUAUUAAUUUAUUAAAAAGCUUAUCUUUAAAAAAAAA